AUGGACUGUGCUGGAAUAUUGACUGUGCUGACAAUUGUCAGACUACAACAACUAAAGGGCCUUGUGAAUCGACAUCAUCGAAAACAACAAAAACUACAACACCAUCUGUUACAAGAACCCAUCCAACCAAAUCAAGCAGCACACAAUGUUCCUGCUAUCAUAAUGGAACUGUAUAUAGACCAGUUGCAUUCACUAAUAACAAGGGUAAGCAGUCAGCUAAUGGAAGAACUUCUUCUUAUAGGUCAGGAAAUAACAAGAAGUACAAUUCUUGAAAAAUGCUACAAAGUUGUAUGUGACGGCAGUUGUGAGGAAACACCUGCGACUGAGAUACCUUGUACAACUACACCAAAAACUACAAAAAUGACAAAACCAACAAGUACAACGAUUAAAACAACAACUACUCCUUGUGUGCCUCAUACAGAGUGGCAGAUUUGUAAUUGCACGAAAGCUGUAUGCAGUGCAAACGGUCAACUGCAGAUUGUCCAAAAAACAUGCAUCCCUCCACCAGAGAUCACCUGUGUUAAUAAAAUGAAGCCAAUUGCUGUGCCUGAUGAAGACUCUUGUUGCUGGCAUUGGGAGUGUCCUUGUAUGUGUGGUGGUUGGGGAGAUCAUUAUCUUACCUUUGAUGGAACCUAUUAUACAUAUCAAGGAAACUGCACCUAUGUUCUUGUGGAAGAAAUUGUGAAAACCAUCGAUAAUUUUGGAAUUUACCUUGACAAUUAUGAUUGUGGAGAUAAAACUGGUGGUACCUGCCCACGCAAACUUACUGUACGACAUGAAACUCAGGAGCUAACAAUUUCACCCAAAACUGUUACCCCUAUAAGCUUAGAGACCCGUGUAAAUGGAAACCUUGUAUUGAUUCCGUAUACAAAAUAUGGAGUCAAAAUUUAUAAAUCUGGAGUAUAUGCAGUAAUUGAAAUACCAGAGUUGAAGAUCCAUGUCAUGUAUAAUGGUUUGACCUUCACUGUAAAGAUGCCCUAUGGAAAGUUUUAUAAGAACACACAUGGACAAUGUGGUACUUGCACCAACAACCAAGCUGAUGACUUAAUGAUGGCUAAUGGUACAAUCACAACUAACCGGGUAGCUAUGGCUGAUUCUUUUAUGGUGAAUGACCCAGUCAAGCCUCAAUGCCAGAGCAUCCCUCCAGUACCUCCUACAAUACCUCCAACUUGCAAAUCUGCUCUCUGUGAUCUCAUCAUGGGACCGGUUUUCCAAAAUUGCCAUGCGUUCCAUUCACCAGAACCUUUCUACCAAGCCUGCCUUUUGGACAGUUGCAAUGUGGCCAAGGCAGACAAUAAAUGCACAAGUUUGCAGCAGUAUGCUUCAAUCUGCGGUGAUAGUGGUGUCUGCAUUCAGUGGAGGAGCCAGGCCCCAGAGUGUUCAAUUACUUGUCCUUCUAACAGAGUAUAUAAUGCAUGUGGCCCGGCUCUCCCUAUAACCUGCCAAAAUACGCCAAGAGAUAUUCUAGAACUGAAAAAUGAUAAACGUGUUGUGGAAGGAUGCUUCUGUGCUAAAGGUAGCAUGCCAUUUAGCAUGGGAAUCGAUGCCUGUGUAAGCAACUGUGGAUGUGUUGGGCCAGACAAUGUUCCCCACAAGUAUGGAGAAACCUUUGAGUAUAACUGUCAGACCUGCAUGUGUUUGGAGGGUGGUCAUGGAAUAACCUGCCAAAAACAACAAUGCCAUCAUGUAAGAAAUGAAGAGUGUAAUCGUGAAGGCUUCUACAAAGUGUCCCAAAUCAGUGCCACAAACAAGUGUUGUGAAGAAACUGUAUGCAGAUGUGACCCAAGUCGUUGCCAAAAUAACUUCCCUGAAUGUGGACCUGGAUUUAAACUUAAGGGAGGCAUCAAGGAAGGACAUUGUUGUGCUUCUUAUAUUUGUGUCCCCAAAGACGUUUGUGUACAUGGAAACAAUGAAUACUUGCCUGGAUCUCAUAUUUACUCAGAGAACUGUGAGAGUUGUGUCUGUGAACAACAAGGAAACAAUUUUACAAUUGCCUGCAACCCAAUUGUCUGCAACAUACAGUGCCCAGCUGGUUUUGAGGUAAAGAAAAAUUCCCCCUCUGACUGCUGUGGUACCUGUCAGCCAACCAACUGUGUGGUGAAUUAUGAUGGCUCCUACCGGCUUAUGAAUCCUGGAGAUGCUCUGCCCUCCAUGAAUGAUAACUGCACGAUGUAUAAAUGCUCAUUAAUCAAUGAUCAGUUCAUCACCACUGUCUCCCAAAUCUCUUGCCCCGCAUUAAAUGAAGACGAUUGCGAGCUUGUAAGUGUCCCAAAGACUGGCUCCUGCAAGGUACAGGCAUAUGAUGAUUACUUGACCCACCAAGGGUGCACAUCUGUGACGAGGGUCAGAAUGUCUCGCUGUGAAGGAUCAUGUGGAACAUCUUCAAUAUACUCUGCUAAAGAACAGGCUAUGUCCCAUACUUGUUCUUGUUGCCAAGAGGUUCAGACUACAACAAAUAAAGUGAAGCUGCUGUGCCCUGAUGGAACAUUACUUGAUUAUAAGUACAUUGAUGUGCAGGAGUGCCAGUGUACAGGCACCAAAUGUCCAGAUGGAAACGUUUAG